AUGGCUCAACGACUAUCUCUCGCUCAGCAAAUUGCUCAGUUGAACACACCAGCCCCUCCAGAAUUCAACGCAGAGGAAUUUUUGACUGCAGAGCGCGAAGACGAGGAUGAUGAUAUUCAAGGAAUCGAUGGUGCGAGGGAUCAUUAUUUGGAUGUUGGCACGAGUGCUCUUCGAAAACUUCAAGACAGUGUGGAAGAUCUCAAGUACGAGGGUGUACGAACGUCGCGUAAACGACUCCAAGAACAAGAUUUUUUCUCUGAGGAAGGUGGAAAAGAUGAAUGUCUUGAGGAGGAGGAGGAGGAGGAGCGAGGGGUAGAGGAUGAUGAACAUGAAAACGAACCUGAACCAGCUUCUUCCGAAGAUGAAGUGGACGAAGAAGAUGAAGACUCAUUACCAGAAGAGAAAAUGGCUACACCUACAAAACAUGACCAUGAGAAGAAGGCAACAAAUGAAACGGAGGGAGUCACUUCCACGCUGCGUAAAACACGGGAGGACGAUCGCAAGAAAGGAUUGGCUAUAUCCAAGCAAAUUGAAAUAUGGGAUGGUCUUCUCGAUGCACGAAUACGAUUUCAGAAGGCGUCUGUUGCUGCUAACCGAUUACCUGUACAUCAAUGGUCAACCUUCAGAGAAUCGUCACAUUUCCAGGAAUCUUUGCUUCGGAUGUUACAGGAAGCAAUUACACUAUCGGAGGAACUCUUUGAUUUACAAGAGGCCUCAGUAUCUAGGGAAGCCGUCUCUUUACCACCGAGAAAGCGAAGGCGAACGGAAGCAUCUGGAUCUAUAUCGGACUAUAAGACACAGUUAGAGGAUGCUAGUGAUUCACUCUCCGCUUUUGAACAUGCACAUCACCCUCCUCUUGUUCAGACCCUCAAUAAAUGGUCCUCUAAAAUACAGGCGAUAGCACCAUCCGUUCUUCUCCCUGCCAAUCGGAAUGCGUUCUCCAAGGACCGCAAUCAGAUAAAGAGUGCAGUGCAACUGAUGGAUGAAAAUCUUUUAGAUUACACAAAGCUCCUCGGGAGAACGCACGUUUGGAGAGGGAGGGGAACCCGACUUGGCGUCCCAACCGCGACGGAGAAUGAUGAAGACCUCUUUGAUGACACCGAUUUUUAUCAACAGCUGUUGAGGGACGUCAUUGAUGCCAGAGAUGCCUUUGGAGCCAACGACUGGAUGCUUGCACAAAAAGAAAGGAAGGCGAGGAAAAAAGUGGACACGAAAGCAAGUAAAGGAAGAAAGCUGCGGUAUGAGGUGCAUGAAAGACUGAGAAAUUUCAUGGUGCCCAUAACUGUUCGGGGAGCAUGGCACGAAGAACAGAUUGAUGAACUAUUCUCGUCGCUUCUCGGAAAAGGAUUUGAGAAUGCUUUGAAAGACUAUACAUCUGGAGAUGCUAUGCAGCGAGAUUCAGAUGAACUACAGGGCUUCAGGCUGUUUGGAUAG